AUGGGAAAUGACGGCUUCCGGGCGUUGGUUUCCAUGCCUUGGUUAUGCAAUGUUCCGCGUGAGGAGCUGGUGAAGCUUAUUAUGGAAGUUCCGAACACAGAGAGCGCAGCUUGGGAGUUGAUGAAAUCUUUGGGGUACAAUCGCCGAAUGAGGAAGCGGCUGAUGCACAAGGACUGGAUUAUCCGGUUCUACACAGGCAAGCGGACCCCGACGGACAAGAUUUUUCGACCACUGGACUCCAACAACUCUGUGGUUCUGGACAUUGAUGAGCUGCGCAACUCACAAUGGGACGUUAAGUCGACAGAACAUCUAUUACGGAUGAUGGCGCUGAUCGAGGUGGAGGACGACCUCAGUGCACAAGCGUUUCAAAAGGAAUGGUUCAAGAAGUGGGUGGUGGAGUCUAUGAUGGACCGGUUAUACUUUGAGCAGGGAGCCUUGGGACACCCUUUGAGGAGACCUACGGUGAUGACUACCAAUAUGGAUAUCACGGAACUUCGAGGCCUUCAAGAUGAACGAAGUGAGGAAGCUACGUGGGGAUCUUGGUCCACCUGGGCACCUAUGAUGAUGCAUGUGUUGGUCAGGGGGUGGAAAAGGUGGAAGUUGAGACCAGGAUGGUAUCCAAGAAUGGUAAAGGAGCUCAAGGCGGUGGACCGCAAGGCAUGGGAAAGGCCACAUCGGAGGUGUCUACAUCGGGACUGCUAUGUGAUGAGUGCGGAUACCCUGGGGCCGGUGAGAGUGGCUGGGCCAAAAGGGGAGAAGUAUGCCUUGGUUUUCACCUACCAGUACCCGAAACAAAAGCUGGGGACCGAGGACGAGCCCAUCGUGGAGGAGGACUUGGUUGGCUGGGACCUAGAUGUGGAGACAAAAGCCAAGGAGAAGGACGAGGUUUACGACCAAGGGGUGCAUGCAGAUCAGGAGGAGGACGAAGAGUAUGUAGGUGUGCGUGCAGCCAAAAGGAAAGGCCCAGAACCUCCGGAGGAGACGCGGAUCACAGAUGUGAUGUUGGUGGUGGUGUUGUUUCGUAUAUCGGCUGCUGAAGUACCAGAAGAUGAACGUGUUCUACAACGUGAUGAAGAUCAAUGGGAGAAGUUGAUUGGUGAUCUUACCAAGCCAGUGGAGAUGGAGACAAUAUACUUGGUCUACCCGGUGAGAUCAAAGCGUGGUGGGGACUACAUCGAUGGCUACUGGACCACGAUAUCUAUCACACUCGUGUUGCUUGCGGAGGCGGAUAUCCCAUUGAAGUAUUGGACACUAGCUAUGCAACAUGCUGCGAAUCGUCGGGUACAUGAACGUCUGGGAAUAACGAAACCAACCCUUUUACCUUUCGGUUGCAAUGUGAUGAUCCGGAGGAAGAUCUUUGGGAACAACAAGAAGUACGACCUCACGGACCGGUGGGAACAAGGGAAGUACCUCGGGAUGUCGGACUCCAUUAAAGGGGGAGCAGUGGUGCUGAGGGAAACGGGAAUGCUUACCGAGACGUUGAACUUAAGGACGGGAGUUGUUGAUCCUCGAGCACUACUGGCCAGUGGAGAAGAUGAUGGACGAGGUGUUUUCUAUGAAAGGGAAGUUCCUAUCAUUGACCUUCCAGAAGCUGAUUACAGAAUACGAGAAAAAGAGUCACCUCCAGCCCUGAGGAACCUGGGGGGGACAGCGGAGGAUCACAAGGAAGCAAAGCCUAAGAACGUGAUCAGUGGAUGGAGGAUGAGAUCGUUGGUUGAGAAGCAAGAACAAAAGGCCAAGUUGUUCUAUGACCAAGGCAAGUUCGAUAUUGUCUCGUGCGCGGAGGUGUUGGAUGAGAUGGAGUUGGUGGGAACUAUGAAGAACAAAGCCAGGGGGAUGCAAACAACGUCUAUGAUCUUGGGAGCCUAUGUACAUGGAGGAAUGAAAGGGGUUACCAAGGCAGGACGUCGGCGCCCACAUCUCACGAGGUACCUCAACAUGGUGUUGCGAGCGAAAGUGGCUGAGGACCUGGGGGAGGAGGGAAGUUGGUCUACGAUUGGAGUGUUCAAGGCUGCAGACAUACCCCCACAUCGUGAUCUUCGCAAUCAAGUGGGAUCCUGGAACUACGUGGUGGAGAUUGGGACCAGGUCUAAAGGAGGUCUGUGGGUGGCAGAUGGAAAAACGGAACCUUCAAUCAAGGGCGGACAGGACCUACAAUCUAUGGUUCGGGAGCAGCCUGAUGGGAAGUUUGUGGAGGGCAAGCUGGUGGAUAUUGGAGGAAAAAUGGUUGCCUUCAAUGCAAAGGAGUUGCAUGCCUACCUCAAUGUGGAGCCAGACAGAUGGGUUGUGGCAGCGUUUCCACCACUGGGAGCUUCUACAGUGAAUGCUAAUGCCGCGGCCUACUUGCUACAAUGUGGUUUUCCGUUGCAGGGAACGGGAAUUGAUGCGGUGCCGAUGUCGGACGCGGAGUUCGAAGAGGGCAGUUCGUCUUCUUCGGAGAUGGAGGAUGAGGUUAACCUGGAAAGGCGAGUUCGUGUUCUUCGGUGUGUGAUGGAACAGGAGAUGGAUACUACAACGGGGUUCUAUGACAAGGUGGAGACUGAGCUUGAAGAGGACAAGCGCGACUACAGGAACGAGAUGGUGCCGAGCUACGACGGAUUGCUAAAGUUUCUCCUGGGGAAGUGGUACAUAAUGUCGGCACGUCGUUACAUUGAUCGAUGGCGCGGUGCCAUCAUGAAAGAAGUGGAUGCUCUUGUCAACAGUGGCACGGUCAGGCGACUUGCCGCAGAGCAAACUCGAGAGCUAAAGGCCCAGGGGAUGGUUAUUCUACCGGGCAAGGCUGUAUUCACAGCCAAACCGCCAAGCGACCAGAACAACGAGAAUGAGAAGUACCGAAGGAAAUGCCGGAUAGUGGUAUGUGGGAAUUACCUACCGAGUGACAAGGCGAACGUCUACGCUUCAGGAACGUCUGCAGAUGGGCUACGUGUAUCAGUUUCAUAUGCAGUGGUCAAAAGGUGGCGAGCUGGAGCAACGGACAUAUCUAACGCCUUUACACUGGCCCCUAUGCCGGAAGACAAGUUGUUUGGGAUCACCCCACCUUCUGUGGUGGUUGCUGCAGGAGGAGCAGACAGUGGCGAAACAUGGUCCUAUAUGGCCUAA